AUGUCUAAGCGCGACCACUCCAAGAUCUCAUCCGGUAGUGUUCUCGACAGUAUGCUAAGCUCACUAUCGCGUACCAACGAGUCAGCACUCACAGCCAAGAAAGCGGAGGCGCAGGUGGCAAAGCUAACGGCUGGCCGUGGUCAAACAAUUUCUGUCGAUGAAAAGUCUGCUGCACCCGACGCUGCUAUCGCACAAUUUCUACAGGAAAUGCGUUCGCUGAUUGAUGAAAAGGGAUUUGGAGCCAUUGCGGAGGUAGAGCUUCGAUUUGGCCGCAUCACGUCAUGUCUACAGGAGGCUCGCUGUCGCCCCUCCCAGGAAGGCCUGGAUGCCGCUGUCAUACUCACGGACGAUCAGAUGAAGGCUGUGGGUGCCAAGUUUGUACCUGGUGUAGCUGAGAACGACUACAAGGGUUUUGUGCGUGGUGUGGAGGGUAUGCUGCGUGGAGACGCGUAUUCGGAACACAAAGAGAAACAGGUGGUGCACAACAUAGGUCAGUCGAAGCGAAUAGUGCAGGAUAUUGACCCACACAACAAUAUGCGUGGCAAGGCAAUGGUACAAGUAAAAGAGCGCCUAGGUUCUAUUGACAUAUUCUUGCCGCGUUGCCAGUACGAUUGUCGCAUAUCGAUCUCAUGCGAAUUUCCUCUGCGUGAGCUAGAGGGAGACAUGAGCGAGAUGCCUGCAGCAGAGAGUGUUCGCCACAAAGACCGCGUAUCAGCAAUUGGACGUGACCUGCGUGUUGACCUUACUCAGGUGCUUGAGGAGAGCACAAACAAAAAAUCGUUUGAGGUUGAAGUGGAACUUAGCGAACCGGCCGUGAACGGCUGGCUUAGUCAGCCAGAUGAAAAUGGCCAGAGUUGGAAGAGCGCUGUUGAGACAUCGUCAAUGCUCUGGAAAAUGGUCAAAUAUUUUAUGCCAAACUCGGGUCAGGCAUUUAAACGCCACUGGGACUUUCCAGGCGCGACUGAGGUACAAAAUGCCUAUCAAGGCCGACUGGGCAUCCGUGGCAAGUUUAGUGGUACGAUGCCCGUCGGCUUUGCGCGCUGGCAUAUUCCACUUGUGCAAAGUCGAGAGUAUUUUGUUUCCGAGAAAACAGAUGGAGUUCGUUACUUUUUGGUCGUUGCCGGUGGCACAACUGUUUUAAUAGAUCGUUCCAAUUCGCCUUUUGCUGCGUCUGGGCUGGACUUGUUGAAGCUUGUGUUGCCAGAAGGCACAGUGCUUGACGGCGAACUUGUGUUUCAUCAAAAGGAUAAGCGAUAUGUGUUUAUUGCGUUCGACAUCAUUGCGACUGGCCCAUCCGCUGACGACUCUCAUGUUGAAAAACCUUUUGUUGAUCGCCUAAGGAUACUGAAUGACUUUUUGUCCGAGGAGGGGCCAUAUGCAUCAGGCAUUCGGAACUUGGCCAUUAAUCGACAUGCGAUAUUGUAUAUUCUUCGAAAGAAGUGGGUUCCACACCGACACAUAAUGGAGGUUUUCCGUCAGAUUCAGCGUGUUCAAAAGCGUGACCACAGCAUUGGCCGAAUUUACAGUGACGAUAAACGCGUUCACUACACGGACGGAAUGGUGUUUUGCCCUAAUACUAAAUAUGUGACUAACACAAACCAAGAAUACCUGAAGUGGAAAUGGUCAGAUCUUAUCACGGUGGACUUCCUGGCAACGCUUAACCAAACAGCUGACGGCGUCCAGCUGUCAUGUGGUGGUCCUCGAAAUACACUCAUUGAGCUUGAUUCUAUUGUUCAGUUGGACCCGAAGGAUGUGCCUUUGGUGCUUAAGCUGGUCUCUAAGACACCUAAUCGUCAGGCAGUGCUGGAAUUUGCUUUUAACGCUGAUAAGGGUCUUUGGAACUACAAAUGCGCGCGCCCGGACAAGGACUGUGCCAACUACAUUCGUACGGUCCUUGGUUCGCUAGUGAAUAUGGCGGAAGGUAUCUCGGAAGAGGAGCUGCAAUAUCGACUCACGAACCCGAAUGGCCAUGACUGGAACAACCACAUGAAAAACUUGCGCCGCACACUGCUGGAGCAGCACAAGUAA